AUGUCUAUCGUGGAUUUUACCAAGAAAUACGCCAACAAAGUUAUUUCUGCUGCGAAGAACAGAUAUGCACGGGACCAUGGGGAGGCAAUCCUCUCUCCUCGUUCUCGUUAUCGACAAUGGACCAAGCUGAGCCAGGAGUUGAACGUUCCAGUUAUGUUAGCAUUCCUCGCCUUAUUUUUGAAUAUGGGAAUGAUAAGGAAAUCUAGUGUUAGUGACUACUGGAACCAACAGGACUGGUCACAGUUCACACCAUGCUGGGCUGAGGUGAUGCCGCGUGACCAUUUCUUGCUCUUGAUGAGAUUUAUUCAAUUUUACGACUGCGAGGAUGAAGACGCUGAUGAGGAGGAUCCUGGGCGAAAGGUGCGAUUUGUCUAUGAGCACUUCAAUAGAGCCUUCUACGAACAUUAUGUUCCUCAUCAAGACCUAACAAUUGAUGAAGGCUUAGUUGGAUACCGCGGUCGUGCAGGAAUUAUACAGUUCAUGCCUCUGAAGAAGCACCACAAGUUUGGCAUCAAGAAUUAUGAACUCUGCGAGACUACAGGCUACACAAUUACGUCAUCGUUAUGUGCUGGUUCUGAGAUGAGGGUCCCUGAUCGUUACUUGGAUGAGUAUCCAAACAGACCGGACAACGUUGUAAGGAAGUUGUGUCAACGCCACGCAAAUAACUGGUGGCACAUAGCCAUGGACAAUUUUUACACUAAUGUCGAUCUCGUGAACGAACUCUAUGAGAGGAAGAUCCAAGUAACUGGGACAGUCAGAGUGAAUCGAAGACGUGGAAUCCCGACUUCAGUAAAGGAUGCGAGAAAUCCCGUCGGCAGUGUGUCAGCAUCGAGGAAGGGUCCUCUUCUUGCCAUAACGUUUCGGCAGAAAGCGUCACAAAAACAACCUGGUGUUUGUCUAUUAUCCACAAAAGGAAGUGCCCGAUGGGUGAAGAAAAAGACAGGCGAAAACGUUGCAACAGCGGACAAAAACGAGCAAUGCAUUCCACAGGUUGUACAUUUGUACAACCAUACUAAAAUAGGAGUAGACCUUGCUGAUCAGAAAGUUUACGAAUAUGAAGUUGAAAGGGCAACACGAAGGUGGACAUUGAAAGUCGCGAUGAGAUUUGUACAAAAGGCCAUCCUCAAUGCUUAUGUCAUUUACUGCAAAGUGAAUCCUUCGCCCAUCAACCGCAAGAAGUUUUAUAUCAAGGUAUAUGAGGCGAUGAUGGAACCAGUUAGAAGUGGAAGAUUACAAGGACCGAUGUCUCCCAGCACGGGAACGAGAGCGCAAGGGAAACGGAAAUGUGACUUCGGACAAUCGAAUAAGUAUCGCGAGUGUACAGUUUGCUCAGACAGGAAGGGUGACAAGCGUAAGAGAACAUCUUUUGGUUGCUUGAGAUGUGGAGUUGCCGUGUGUCCCAAGUGCUAUUCUCAACACAAGCCAAAGUAG